CCUACCACCAUUUUGAUCAGUGUCCCGAGAAUGAUCGAGUAAUCUGUGGAAACUUCUGUCAUCUAACUUGAUUUCUAAGCUAUUCCAAGAGCUAUUUCUGCAUAAAGCAACAGAUUGUCAAAAUGGACAAGUCAAGCAGUGGGUCUCAUGUUGAAGAACUUCUCCCCGAAUAUCCUGAGAAUGAGUCAGAAACUACAGAGCAGCAGACAACAGACACAGAAAGACAGCAGGGAAAGGAAAAAUGUGGUGACUACGUAUGUGAGCAUUGUGGGUACUGGACAAAGAGAAGGACUGAUCUCACUAGACAUUUGAAAACUGGAAGCCAACCUUUUAAGUGUGAUCAGUGUGACUUCUCCACACCCUACAAAUGCAAGGAAAAGUUACACUUACUUGAACACACUGGUGAGAAACCAUUUGUAUGUGAGGAGUGUGGCUACAGAACAACUACUUGGUGGCACUUUGGUCAACAUGUACAUGUAUCAAAAAAACACAGAACUCAGACGACAGACAUGGAAACACAACAGGAGAGGGAGACAGAAACUUCAUGCAGUCUUGAUUCUGAUCAAUCUGACAAGGAAAAACCUGGUGAUUUUGUGUGUGAGCAUUGCGGGUACUGGACAAAGAAGAGGUCCAACCUCACUAGACACUUGGAAACUGAGAAGAAACUUUUUGAGUGUGAUCAGUGUGACUUUUCCACACCAUAUCGAUGCAAGAGAAACCUACAUGUGCUCCAACACACUGGUGACAAAGCAUUUGUAUGUGAGGACUGCGGCUACAGAGCAUCUACCUGGUGGCACUUUGAUCAACAUUUGACAAUAAAACACACACAUACAACUCAGGAAAAGGAGAAAAAAACUGCAUGCAGUUUCAACUCUGACCAAUCUGACAAGCAAAAAGAUGGAGAUUUUGUGUGCAAGCAUUGCGGGUACUGGACACAGGAGAAGCGCCAUCUAACUAAACAUUUGAAAACUGGUACCAAACCUUUUAAGUGUGACGAGUGUGACUUCUCCACACCAUAUAGAUGCAAGAGAAACCUACACAUACUUGAACACACUGGUGAGAAACCGUUUGUAUGUGAUAAAUGUGGCUACAGAACAGCUAGUGAGUAUCAGUUCAAUCGACAUGUAUCAAAAAAAUACACAAUCCGGACAUCAGACACAGAAACACAGCAGGAAGAUGUAGGAGAAACUUCCAGUGUCAACUUUGACCAUUCUGACAUGGAAAAACAGGCAAAUGUAGACAAAACUUCAGUCAAUGUCAACUCAGACCAAUCUGAUGUGGAAAAAGAGCAGGAAAAGGAAGAGGAAACUGCAUACAUUGUCAACUCAGGCCAUUCUGACAUGGAAAAACAGGAAGAAAAUGAAGAAGAAACUUCAUUCAGUGCCAACUCAGACCACCCUGACAUGGAAAAACAGGAAAAUGAAGAAGAAAAUUCAUUCAGUGUCAACUCAGACCACCCUGACAUGGAAAAACAGGAAAAUGAAGAAGAAAAUUCAUUCAGUGCCAACUCAGACCAAAUUGACAUGGAAAAACAGGAAAAUGGAGAAGAAACUUCAUUCAGUGUCAACUCAGACCAGGUUGACAUGGAAAAACAGGAAAAUGAAGAAACUUUAUUCAGUGUCAAUUUUGACCACUCUGAGUCCGACAAGGAAAAACAGUACGAAAAUCCAGAAGAAACUUCAUUCAGUGUCAACUUUGACCAGUUUGACAAGGAAAAAGAGCAGGACAAGGAAGAAGAAACUGCAUACAGUGUCAACUUUGACCACCCUGACAUGGAAAAACAGGAAAAUGAAGAAGAAACUUCAUUCAGUGCCAACUUUGACCACCCUGACAUAGAAAAAGAGCAGGAAAAUGAAGAGCAGGAAAAUGAAGAAGAAACUUCAUUCUGUGACAACCCUGACAACAGUGUCUCACCAAACAAACAUGUACAGACAUCUACAGAACAGAUGCCUAAUGUUGAAGAACCACCUCCAGAAUAUCCUGAGAAUGAAUCAGAACUAGAAACUACAGAGCAGCAGACAACCAACACAGAAAGACAGCAGGACAAGGACGAACCUGUUCAUUUUGUGUGUGAACAUUGUGGGUACUGGACAGAGAAGAAGGACCAUCUCACUAGACAUUUAAAAACUGGUAUCCAACUUUUUAAGUGUGAUCAGUGUGACUUCUCCACACCCUAUAAAUGCAAGAGAAACCUACACAUACUUGAACACACUGGUAUGAAGGCAUAUGUGUGUGAGGAGUGUGGCUACAGAACAACUAGUGGGUCUCACUUCCAUAAACAUCUAUCAACAAAACACACAAUCCAGACAACAAACAUGGAAAAACAACAAGAAAAGGAAGGAGAAACUUCAUUCAUUGUCAACUCUGACAAGGAAAAACAUGUUGAUUAUGUUUGUAAACAUUGUGGGUACUGGACAAAGAUGAGGUCCAAUCUCACUCAACAUUUGAAAACUGACAUCAAACCUUUUAAGUGUGAUCAGUGUGACUUCUCCACACCAUAUAGAUGCAAGAGAAACCUACACAUACUUGAACACACUGGUGAGAAACCGCUUGUGUGUGAGGAGUGUGGCUACAGAACAACUAAUAGAUCUCACUUCACUAAACAUCUAUCAACAAAACACACAAUCCAGACAACAAACAUGGAAAAACAACAGGAAAAGGAAGAAGAAACAUUCAUUGUCCACUCUGACAUUGAAAAAGACCAGGAAUCACUGAUCACUUCAUUCAGUGUCAAUUCUGGCCAGAUUGACAAGGAAAAACAUCAGGAAAACGAAGAGGAAACUUCAUUCUGUUCCAACUCAGACCACUCUGACACGGAAAUGCAGGAAAAUGAAGAAGAAACUUCAUCCUCUGUUAAUUUUGACCAAUCAGACGCGGACAAAUAUCAGGAAAACGAAGAAGAAACUUCAUUCUGUUCCAACUCAGACCAUUCUGACAUGGAAAAUGAGGAAAAUACUUCAUUCUCUGUCAAUUUGGACCAAUCUGACAUGGAAAAACACCAGGAAAAUGAAGAAGAAACUGCAUUCAGUGACAACUCUGACGACACUGCCUCACCACACAUACAUGUACAGACAUCUGCAGAACAGCUGCCUAAUGUUGAAGAACCACCUCCAGAAUGUCCUGAGAAUGAGUCAGAACUAGAAACUACAGAGCAGCAGACAACCGACACAGAAAGACAGCAGGACAAGAAAAAACAUGGUGACUACGUGUGUGAGCAUUGCGGGUAUUGGACAAGGAAGAGGUCCCAUCUCACUACACAUUUGAAAACUCAUGAGAUUCUCUUUGAGUGUGAGGAGUGUGGCUACGCAACAACUAGAGAUCUGAUGAUACAACAUUUAAAGGAACAUUCAGAGCAGACGGGUGGUAAGUUUAGAGAACUUACUUACGUACCUACUUUCACAGAACACACUGAUGUGGAAAAACCUUUCAGCUGUGAUCGGUGUGACUUCUCCUGCACAAGGAAAUGCAACUUAGUUCAUCACAUGCACAAACACGCUGGUGAGAUGUCCUACAUGUGUGAGGAGUGUGAGUACACAACCGCUGACAGCUCUGACCUCUCAAAACAUGUGAGGGGACACGAGAACGCAGCCUUCAGGUGUGAUGAGUGUGACUUUUCCACCGGGUGGAAAGACCAUUUAGACCAACACAUGUUCAAGCACACUGGUGUGGCACCCUACAAGUGUGCAGAGUGUGGGUUUGAGACUGCUUCUAGAUCUGACUUCUCACGACAUAGGAAGACACACGCAAGUGAACAACCUUCCCAUUCUGAGGAUUCUGCAGCACAGCAAGAGGAUUUAGACCAACACAUGCCUAAACACACUGCUAAGAAACGUGUUGCUAGCCAAGAACUUUCACCACCUGAAAGGAAACGGGACAAAAGAACCCUCAGUUGCGAUGAGUGUGACUACUCUACAUCUAACACUCACUUGUUCAAGCAGCACACAUCCCGGCAUGGUAAGAAAAGUUACAUGUGUGAUGCAUGCGGGUACGGGACAACUUCAAAGGACUCCUUCUCGCAACAUCUCAUGAAACAUAUGGGGGUGAAAAUUUACUGGUGUGACCAGUGUGGGUUCUCUACAGUACAGAAAGGUGACUUGGGCCAGCACAUGCUAAACCACAAGUCCCACAGUACUGAGGAAACCUACAUGUGUGACAGUACUGAGGAAACCUACAUGUGUGACAGUAGUGAAGAAACCUACAAGUGUGAGCAGUGUGACUAUGAGACUGAUGUUCAGGAUUGGUUGAAAGAACAUAUGAAGACACAUGCAAGCGGGAAACCUUUCAAGUGUGAUCUCUGUGACUUUUCUACCAAACAGAAAUGUAAUUUGGACAAACAUGUACUCAGACACGUAGGUGUCAAGGCACGCUACAAGUGUGACCAGUGUAACUUUUCCACUGUAGAUAAAAGUGAGUUGGACAACCACAUGCCCAAGCACAAACUUGAGGCAGCAUACAAGUGUGACCUGUGCGGGUAUGGCACGAAUACUAGGCAUGUGUUAGUAGAACAUUUGAGGGGACAUUAUAAUGACACAGAGAAACGUUUUAAGUGUCAUAAGUGUACCUUUUCUACCACACAGAAGGCCAUUUUUGAGAAACACAAGCUCAGACACGGAGCUGAGGCACCUUACAAGUGUGAGCAGUGUGGUUAUGGCACCACUUCUCCCUUCUUGUUAUCUCUUCAUAUGACAAGACAACAUGACCCAGAGGAGAAACGCUUCACCUGUGAUCAGUGUGACUUUUCCUCGGCUUACAAGCGCUGCUUAGACCGGCAUAACAAACGCAAGCACAAGGCUGUGAAACAUUUGAGGGGACAUUAUAAUGACACAGAGAAAUGUUUUAAGUGUCAUAAGUGUACCUUUUCUACCACACAGAAAGCCAUUUUUGACCAACACAAGCUCAGACACGGAGCUGAGGCACCUUACAAGUGUGAGCAGUGUGGGUAUGGCACCACUUCUCCGUUCCUGUUAUCCCUGCACAUGACAAGACAACAUGACCCAGAGGAAAAGCGUUUCACCUGUGAUCAGUGUGACUUCUCCUCAGCUUACAAGCGCUGCUUAGACCGGCACAACCAGCGCAAGCACGACCAUGGGGAACUCUAUAAGCAGAACAGCAAGAAAAGAAAAGCCAAACGUUCUAAAUCUACUGCAAGUACAUCCAAAUCAAGUAUAGACAGACACUCGUUGACUUUUGAUUUGGAUGACCCCCUGAAUAUUUAGAAUCAUGGAGCUUAUAGAAUCAUUGCUAUGGACAUGAAUAUGGUAAUGUCUAAACUAAUCUUUGACUUGUACAAAAUUGACAAGUCUAGUUUAGGAAAUUGUUGUUGGAAGUCAUAAGAGGUUGUACAUAAGUUUCUUUGGUCUCUUUUACUCAGGGAGAACCACAUUGAUUUUACUCGAGUCUUUGAUUUUGUUUCCCAAUUAGUUGCCUUUCGAGUAUAUUUAGUUAUUUUUUACUGUUCUAAUUAAGAGAAAGCAUAGAAGCAGAUAACGAACUUAAUGGUAAUGACCUUUUGAGAAACCAAUCUGGUUGAACGUAAUCCAGUCUCCAAUAGGAUUUCAUUGACCGGUAGUAGUUCUGGCUUUUAUUAAUUGGUUUAGAGUUGGAAAUUAUAUAAAUCUGUACAUAUAUCAAUAUACAAAGUCACUGACUAAAAUGAUUGUUUAUUGAUCAGUAUUAUACCUGUAAAGUUAGACAUAUUUAACCACAAGAUAGGUUUUACUGUUGACAGUGAUUAUUAUUGAGACAAGAAUUAGAAUUUUGUUCAGUUUA